AUGAAAUUCUCGUCUGUCUUGCUGGUCACCCUGCUCGGCUGUUCCCAAGCUGCUCCAGCCCGGGACGAGAAGCCCCCGUACUUGAUCCUCACCGGCGACUCUACAGUCGCCGUGAACGGAGGCUGGGGAAAUGGGCUCCUGUCUAUUCUGAGAGACGGAGCCGACGGUGUCAACCGGGCCAAAAGCGGCGCGACCACGGUGUCCUUCCGAAAGGAUAGGUGGGCCGACGUUCUCCUAGACAUUGAGGAGCACAGAGGCGACUACCGACCGGUAGUCACUAUCCAGUUCGGGCACAACGACCAGAAGGAGAGUGCGGGCAUCUCGCUGGAAGAGUUCAAGUCCAACCUUGAGGACCUGGCCGAUGAAGUCAGAGAGGCUGGCGGAACACCCAUUCUGAUCACAUCUCUGACUCGACGAACUUUUGACGGCGACCACGUCAAACAGAACUUGGAAGAGCAAAGGCAACAGGCUAUUGCGGCUGCCAAGGCUGUGGGUGCAAAGUGGCUUGACCUUAAUCUCGCCAGUACCAACUACAUCAAUGCAAUCGGCGAAGCGAAUGCUUCGCAUUAUGACUCGAAGAAGGGUGACAAGACCCAUCUCAACGCGGCGGGCGAGAAGGUCUUUGGACGCAUGGUGGCCGAUCUCCUCGGCACGAAGCGUGGGGACUUGAGACGGUACCUGGCGCCAAACAAGGCGUUGAGUGGUAAAAUCUGGGCUGGAGAGUUUGCUACUGGCGACGAGUGA